UAACACGAGAUGGACAAGCACCCUCAUCACAUGUGUGGAUUCUGGGGUUCUCCGCGUCUGGGGUGACAACGACAAGGAGACCUCCUCUGACCCAGUGAGGCUCCCCUGCCCUGAUCCUCGUGGUUGGGGAAGCUCCUGGAACUGAGGGUGGGCCCUGGGGUGUGUAGGAUGCGGCAAGACCCAGUGCACCCCCACGUAGUUGCCACAGGUGGGAAGGAGAAUGCUUUGAAGGUGUGGGACCUGCAGGGGUCUGAGGAGCCUGUGUUCAGAGCCAAGAACGUACGGAAUGACUGGCUUGACCUGCGAGUUCCCAUCUGGGACCAGGACAUACAGUUCCUCCCUGAGUCGCAGAAGCUCGUCACCUGUACAGGGUACCACCAGGUCCGUGUCUAUGAUCCAGCCUCCCCACAACGCCGGCCAGUCCUCGAGGCCACCUAUGGAGAGUACCCGCUGACCGCUAUGACUCUCACUCCCGGGGGCAACUCGGUGAUUGUAGGAAACACUCAUGGGCAGCUGGCAGAAAUUGACCUUCGGCAAGGGCGCCUACUGGGCUGCCUGAAGGGGCUGGCAGGCAGUGUCAGAGGGCUCCAGUGCCACCCUUCGAAGCCUCUCCUAGCCUCCUGUGGCUUGGACAGAAUCCUGAGGGUACACAGGAUCCGGAAUCCACGGGGCCUGGAGCACAAGGUUUAUCUGAAGUCUCAGCUGAACUGCCUUCUUCUGUCAGGCAGGGAUAACUGGGAGGAUGAGCCGCCAGAGCCUCCAGAGCCGGCUAAGUUGUCCUCGGAAGACGCAGAGGCAGAUGAACUUUGGGCCUCCCUGGAGGCAGCUGCCAAGCGCCAGCGCCCUGCUUUGGAGCAGACAUCAGGGGUCUUCCCAACCGGGCGGAGAAAGAAGAAGCGGCCUGGCUCUGCCAGCCCCUGAGGGGCCUGAGCUCACUUUGUAAAUAAACAGCUGACACCCA